AUGACUGUCAAGAUUGGAGAUUUCGGUCUGGCUACGGUAAAAACAAGAUGGAGUGGAUCUCAUCAAUUUCAACAACCAACUGGUUCUAUACUCUGGAUGGCUCCUGAGGUAAUUCGUAUGAAAGAACAUAAUCCCUACACAUUUCAAUCUGAUGUUUAUGCAUUUGGUAUUGUGUUAUAUGAACUCAUGACUGGAGAAUUGCCUUAUAGUAAUAUCAGCAAUAAGGACCAGAUCUUAUUUAUGGUUGGUAAAGGUUAUUUAAGACCAGAUGUCAAUAAGGCUAGAUCUGAUACACCUAAAGCAUUUAAACGUCACAUGUUAGACUCAUGUCAAUAUGAAUGGGAGAAUAGACCAUUGUUUCAACAGCUUCUUGCAUCAUUAGAAUCUUUAUACAGUAGUAUACCAAAGAUAAAACGCAGUAAAUCUGAACCGGCAAUACACAGGACGGAUUCCUUCGAUCUGGACUAUCGCUAUAUGUGUCCUUCACCUAAAACUCCCAUAAACUCUCAGUUUCUACAGUUUAACUUUAUUCACGCAGGCGAUUACUGA